AAUACCUGUUGGAAUUUCGCGAAGAAGGCGAGGAAUGGGAUCAUAUUCACUUACCUGGAGAAAGAAAUUCUUUUUACCUAACUGGCCUAAAAGGAUCCACGAGAUAUGAACUCAGAUUGGCUGCUUACAAUGUUUUUGGCAGAGGCGAAUUCUCCCCAACUAUAGAUUUCACAACAGGUCUUGCUGAAAUAUCUGUGCCGUUUUCAGCAACACAUAGCAACACGCCGUUUUACUUUCGGCCGUACUUUGUUAUUCCAGUAGCAGCAUCUGUUGUUGUCAUUGUCACAACAGUGGUUAUUGCCUGGGUUUGCUACAAAAGAAUGACACUGAGGCAAGACAGAUUACUUGCUGCUUGUCAACCUCUCGACUGUAGGCUGAUGCCUACUCGCGUUCCCCUACAAGGCAGAGAUACUUCGUACUGUGACCCAGUAGCAAGGCCACCCUCUUACACUCCACCUAUGGGUCAAAGACAUCCAGUAGGCAUACCUGAUGAUGACGAUGCAUAUGAUGCGCCAUGGGACAUGGCCAAUCCGGGAGUACCGGGAAAUGCUCAGGCAGGAAGUUACACACGUCUGAAGAGCCAAAUGCCAAAUCCUGGAGGAGCUAUUGUUAUCGCUCACCAAAGUGGAGCCAGUCGUUAAUCCAUUCAAGUUAUAGAUGGAACUUUUUUACAUUUCCCUCGUACCUGAUAGCUUCCAAUUAAUUUGUUGGAGAUUAAAAGCACGAUAAUUCAUGGGAAAAUGAUGAUUAUCUAUUAUAAGCAAAUAAGGCACUGAUAUAUUCUUGCCUAAACAGCAAAAGUUUCUUCCAAGUAGGUAUUAAAUGUUACUCCCCGCCCCCCAAAGGAAAUCAAUUACUUUUUUAAUCAAAUGCUUUAAAUGUGACAUUUACGAAAAGCUAAGCAAUUUCGCUACAGUUCUGAAGCGAACCAAGGGGCAUGGGAUUCGGCUCUACAGCUACAAGGCCAUGAGAAGCUUCAAGUUGCCUUGUUUCUUGAAGGAACUUCUAAUAUUCAUUGAUCAAAAGCUGGGGCCAAACCUGAACAAUAACUAGUUUCAGAAAUGUACAGGGGAAGAUGCCGCCGUAUUACAAAAGCCACCAGCGGCUCCAUUUAAAAUAAUAAACAGAAAGAUAUGAUUAAUUUAGUAUGGUUUCAUACUAAAUUAUUACAUAAUUAAUUCUCUAAAGUUACCAAAAUCAAUUCAGUCUUAGAGACAAAAGAUUAGACACAUUAAAAAGAGUGUGAGGGCAUAAAGGGAAAAUUUAAUAGUUAAACUAUUGCUAAAAUUUAUCAUUUUUUAAAGCCAUAUAUGAUUAAUCUCAAGCUGUCUUUGCUAUCUUCACAGUUUUGCAUUUGUAAAUACAAAUUAUUUAAAGACAUAUAUGAAGUGAUUUGCCUUUUCAAAGCCCAUAUGCAAGUAUAAAUAUGUUGUAUAUUUCAUGUAGUCUCGCUGAUAUUUGUAAAAUUGUUACAUUUUGUGGUACUUGUUAUUAUUACAUUCUGAAUGUAACUGAUCUCUUUUCAUAAAAUUUCUAUACUAAUA